AUGUUACGUGACAGACUGGCAGAAAAAGGUGUAUCCCUCCCUUCGGGACGAAGAAAGACUGCGCCAACGACGUCGUUCACAGCACUUUGCGAGAGAGAAGCCCUAGUAAUGGCUCGUGAUUUUAACACUCUCUGCAUGAAUAGCCUGAACACAUUUGAAAUUGCCAGGCAUUCUAACCGACUUCAGUACACUCCACAGGAAUUGGCUAUAGUCAGACGUUUCUUGGCUGGAAUCAUGGCGAUAUUCGACGAAGUUCCAGAAGACCCUGAGGAUUAUGUGGAGAAGAAUUCGGCUACCCACUCCAUUAAUAUAUUUAGUAUGCUAGGCAACCAUCGGAUUCGCCAAAUCAGCUCUGAAAUCGUCGGGAGGGUACUGGGAAAAAUUGCGACCAACACAUCAUGCUUCAGCGGGUACGGCCACCACGCUUCACACAAACUUCAUGCCGUACCACAUGCAACAAUUUUUAUAGAGUAG